AUGGAUCCCGUCGGGCCGGUUCGACAUGUCCCAAACGCCAACGUGGACCUGAUCCGCGAUUUGAUUCCCGGCAUGCGCUCUUGGCUACUGGGCAAUACUUUAGGGGACCCAAUUCACGGGGUCAUCGAGCUCAAAGUGAAUCAUAUGGAUCAAUCUACCGCCGAGCUCCGGAAGCUUGUUCAUCCAGGAGUAAGUAUACCACGCGCAAUUCAUUUCCGAGUCUCCCGAACUAAGAGAAAGCUAAAGUGCGCCGACUACGCUAUCAUGCGAACUACCAAGGAAACGGAAACCCCACAUAACUUUGCCGGUGCUAUCUACACGCCCCUGCUCGCCGAAGAUACAAACAGUAAACCAAUGAUCGGCCCGCUUAAACUGGAGAUUGCUCAGACUGUGUGGGUUGAGACGCCGACGAUCAUCAGUGCUGGUUUCGUGUUCCUCAUUAUAAAGCCCACCAGCUCUCUAUCUCUAGACCAUGGAGUAACCUUUGAACGGAUGGCAAGACUUGAGGCCGAAAAUGCGCGACUGCAACAGCAAAUUGCUCUCUCUAAGGAGAUCAUGGAAACGUCAAAAAUAAACUAUAUUUGCCCAUCCCGCGACUGCUAUGAAGGCUUCAACGACAUGAAAGCAUUGAAAAAUCAUUGGAAAAAGCGCGAGAUAAAGAACGGCUACGAAGAUCCUCAUGUUAGGUUUCUGGAGCGGUCUAAAGAUCAUCCCGCUUUUUUCGCUGCCUACCAAUAUGGCUUAGAGUCUGAUCUACCUGUAACGCGUGUCCCUCCUGAUCACACUUGCUUUCGUCGCGACUUUGUCAUCUCAGAAAGUAAAAGGGGCCAGUCGUUUGCUAGAUGCGUAUCUGCCACGAAGGGUAAGUGCUUGAUUUUCUUCAUAUUUGACCGGUCUGAGUCGCGCUACUUAGGCCCAGAAAGAUAUAAAUAUAACUUGAUGUCAAGGCCCAUUUAUAAGCUCAUCAUCUCCGAAUUUGGUCUGCUCAGAACUGAUUAG